UGUAGUGUUCAGGUGUUGCUGUGCCAGCACUUAUGCAGGAGAUCCUGCUAAGUUUGAGGCAAAACUGUGGUAUGGGAGGUAGAGCAUCAUUCUACUUUUGGAAUUCAUUCCAUCUGUGAAACGGAAAAGUGUGGACAGGUGGUAGGUGAAUUUCCCUGACAAAAAAAAUACACUUAUGACGAAGACCUUUUCACUGGAACAAGAACAUCUUGCGAUUGAAAGGGGAUGAUCAGCUUGAUUUUCUGCAGAUGCUGCUGCUUUGCAACCAGCAAAGCCCUGGCAGUUUGGCUUGUUCUGCUGGUUGUUGAGGACUGUACUUCCUUGAAGCAGGGAGUUCCUCGCCUCCGCCACUCAUAUAAAGAUCUGCUGAGAUUAAACAGUUCCCACCAACUAUUGGACUCUGAGGAUGAACUGGCAUUCCAGUCACUUCUUGUGGAUGAGAACAGGGCAUGGCUGAUGGCAGGCGCUAAGAACCAAAUAUUUUUGCUGCAUCUUGAAAGUCCCAAUGAAGAACCUCAGAAGAUUUUCUGGCCAGCCCCUGUAGAGCAAAUGGAGCAUUGUCGAUUGGCUGGGAAGAAUCCUGAGACGGAGUGUGCAAAUUUCAUCCGCUUCCUGCAACGUUUCAAUAGCAGUCAUGUCUUUGCCUGUGGAACAGGUUCCUACCAGCCUGUGUGUGCCUUCAUACAGAUCAAAGAGGGAGUAGAAAAACCAGGGAUUCCAGCUAUGCAGCUGGUGACUCACUCUAUUGAAUCUGGAAGAGGCAAGUGCCCCUACAGCCCCCAUGAGCCUUUCGCAGGGCUGCUUAUUGAUGGGGAAUUUUAUUCAGGUGCUUCUAUUGACUUCAUGGGAAGCAGUGCUGCCUUCUUUCGUACCUGGCUUGAUAGGGUUGAUCAGAACUACAUCAGGACGGAACAGAACCAAGAUAACUGGUUAAAUGAACCUGCAUUUAUUGGUGUCUUUGCCAUUCCUGACACUUACAACCAGGAUGAUGACAAAGUGUACUUCUUUUUCCGGGAAACUGCUAUAGAAGCUGGACAAUGGGAGAGAAGACGCAUCUAUUCCCGCGUGGCUCGUGUCUGCAAGAAUGAUGUUGGUGGAAAGUACAGCCUCAUCAACCGUUGGAGUACAUUCCUCAAAGCCCGGCUGGUUUGCUCCAUCCCAGGCCUGCAGGGCACUGAAACUCACUUUGAUCAGCUGGAAGAUGUCUUCCUCCUUCGCACUCGCAAUUUGCAAAACCCUCUAAUUUAUGGCCUUUUCACAGUGUCAAGUGGCAUUUUUAGUGGCUCUGCUGUGUGUGUCUAUUCUCUGGCAGCCAUUCGGACUGCUUUCAAUGGGCCCUUUGCACAUAAGGAAGGCUUGGACUACCAGUGGGUGGAAUACAAGGGAAGGAUCCCCUAUCCUCGUCCUGGAACAUGUCCCAGUGCAACAUAUGACCCACUCCUCCAGUCAACAAAGGACUUUCCUGAUGAAGUGAUCAGCUUCAUGCGUACCCAUCAUCUGAUGUGGGACCCUGUCUAUCCACUCCACAGGAAGCCUGUCCUGAUGAGAGUCAAUGUGCCCUUCCAGAUCAAGCAUCUCUUGGUAGAUAGGGUGGAGACAGCGGUUGGACAUGCUGAUGUCCUCUUCCUUGGAACAGAUGAAGGCAAAGUGCUGAAGGUGGGGAUUGUCAGUAUGAGAGGCCAAGACCCUCAGGAGAUUAGCUUGGAAGAGAUCAAUAUUUCAAAGAUGCCUUUGGCCAUCCUAGACAUGCAAUUUUCUCUAAAGAGGCAGGAGAUGUUUGUGAGCACCACAAAUGGCAUAGUCCAGCUUCCCUUGUACCGCUGCGAACUCUAUGGCAAAACCUGCACAGACUGCUGUCUUGGGAGAGACCCCUACUGCACCUGGGAUGGCAAGUCCUGUAGGCCCAUCCUCCAUACCAAAAAAAGCAGGCAAGCACAAUGCCAAGAUGUGCUGAAAGCUGACCCAAUCAGGCAGUGCCAAGAUGCUGCAAAGGGAAUUUCAGUAACGGAAGAAAAGGUGAUAUUUGGGGUGCAGAACAACUCAACAUUUCUUGAGUGCCUUCCACUUUCUCCCCAGACAACCACCCACUGGUUUGUACAGUACAGCAAUACAGCAGUCCUGGAAGAGGUUGGGAGCAUUGGUCGCUUUUCAGUUCUAGACCAAGGACUACUGAUUAGUCAGCUGACACAAGACGAUGCUGGGAUCUACCACUGUAAAGGGAUGGAGCGCUCCUAUUCCCAAACUCUCACCCGCUACAGCCUUCGUGUUAUUGGGCACCAGGCCAUGGAAAUGUUAACAUCUAGGACCAGCGAAAACACAGAAGCAGCAGCAAGCCACCAUAGCAUCAUCCCUUUGGCAGAGAUGCAGCUUCAUUACAAGGGCUACUCAAGGGCCUUGGGUACAUCCAGCUCCAAUUUGGAUGAGUUUUGCAAUGCUCUCCAGCAGAGGAGAAGGCGGAGGCAGAAAGACUGGAAUCGGAAGUGGCAACAGCAUCACCCGGAAAUCAAGAGAGGCAGAGUGCGUAGGCAGCCUGGGCCUCCAUAGCAGGCUUGUCUAUAUGGCAAAUGGAUGCAAGAAGCCCAGCUGGGUUCACUAGCUCACCUUCUGAGUCUCAGAGAAGGCUGCAUGUUGGAGCCUCUGGGCUCCACUGCUACUACGGCAAAGAGAAAUCAACAGGUCCUUCUUCAGGGUGCAACCUCAGUUUUUGCCAUAUUCUUUACCUCGGUUACCUGAGGGAAGUAGGCACUAGAACUAAAUAUGGAAGCAGUGGGAUUCCAUGCCAAACAGACUGCCUUUUCUGGUCCAGCGACUGGCAUAACUCUCUUCAGUAUAGGUUAGACAAGAGAACAUUAAGUUCUCACUGUACUGCAAAAUCCUUUAUUCUGUACAUAUUCAUCUUCUUUUGUUCCAUUUGCAGUAGAAGUGCUGACAAAGCUAGUAUCCCUACGCAUGGCAAUUAUUUUGUCCUGUAUUUUUAAGUGGGGCCAUUUAUUAAGAAAUCCAGAGAACAGAAAAUUUCCUAUAGUUUCGUAUUCUGUGGAAGAUCCGUAAUUCUAAACAGUGGAUUCUAUCAUCUGCAAAUGCAAUGUUGUGGUCUCUUAAGAGGCAAAAGAUGACAGAAGAGCUGUGCUUCCUAAAAAUAGGGGGCUGUUUUAGCUUUUGUGUAAUGGGGCAAACAUACUGGUAUGCAUACCCUAUCCCAUCUCCCUGAGUCUAUCAUACACCCAGUUUAAAAUGUAUGCACAUGUACCUUGAGAGGUACAUCUUAAAUACUUAGCACAUAGACUUCAGUUUCUUCCUUUCAUCAAAUACACUUUUUUAUCUCUGCCAGAAGAUGGCUGCAUCACUAUUUUGCUAUGCUGCUCUAGGAGAUAGAAGUUCAUCCAUGACCUCUCUUUUUCUACCUUCUCAUUUUAAUAGCUCCCCCACACCCAACCUUAGGACAGCAGCUACUGUUUUUACCAUCCCCCACAAACUCUUGGGCAGGGCCUUUAUCACUUGAACUAGCAUGAACUAAUGAUAGAGGCCCUGCUUUCUAUGUAAUAUGAUUCUGGGUUCAGCAAUGCUGAUUUAAAAGUAGAUUUUUAGGUUGACACUAGAAUGGAAAACACUAAGACUGGUAGAGGGUUAAUCCAUCAGAUAAUGCUGAACUAACGAAAGGCCCUGUGGUCUGAAUAAGCAGACAGCAACUCCUUAUGUUAUGCACAACCACAAUGUGGCUGAAACAAAUCGUGCCCCCCACCCCCCAAAAAAGAAAAGAAAGAACAGCUGAGAGCAGGUGAGAGGGUCCUCUGAAAUUAAAGGGACCUUAGUCUUUGGACCUUACACACCAUGGCAGGUAUCUGCUAAUUCCUUUUAUUUCCUUUGGUAUUUCAUUCAGACAUUUUUAACACGAAGACAACAUUUUCAAAAUUGGCAGAAAGUUAUCAAAUGGCUUCAGUGAAACUGAAUUAGUAUUCAACCCCAUCAAUUUAACAGUACCUUUAUCUUGGCGUACAUUUGUUACAUUUUUAACUGAAUGCUGCUACUUGGAAUAACAUUUUAUUGUACUUUUUUGCAAUCUUACUGAAAUGUUGAACUAGUACUCUUUUGUACUCACCUGUCAUUUUGAUGCAUCAAUUUUUUUUGCCUCUACCUGAAGGAAAAGAGCCAACAUCUUAGCAAGUUAAUAAAACCUUUAAAAGUUCACAUUAAA